GUUCAUUGCCAGAGCUAAGAAAAUGACAUUCAACUGUCGUCUGCAGAAAUUCUUUGUGAAAGAUCUGACUCCAGACACUCUAUAUCCUAACAUCCUCGAGAUUGGUACUGAUGAAAACCCAUUCUUUGACUUGAAGGUUGAACAGUUUAAAUCCGACGGCAUGACACGGCGGUUGUCACGGCGAAGUACAGAACCUCUCGAUUACUAUGCUAGGCUACACAUUGGUCAGCUCCAGGUGGCAUUCAUUAACAAGUUUUUCUGGGAAAUCACGAGGUUUUUUGAGCCACUGAAGAGUCCGGAGCUGUCUGAUGUAGCUUAUAGGACAAAGGAGUCUGUAUCGAAACAGAUGAUGGAGAUAACUCCGGCAACGGUAAGGGUUGCUCUAGUGGUGAAAGCACACAUCCCCACCGUGGUGGUACCGCAGCACUCGCAGUCACGUGACCUCUUCUUCGUGAAGUUCGGUAACCUGGAGGUUUGGAAUCAGUUUGAGAGGAAAGAAGUUCGAGAUUCUGGUAUGUCUCAGGAAUGGAACCACUUCAGUGCCAAGCUUACCUCUAUGCAGAUUAGCAAGGGCAAACUUCUGGAGGACAAUGCCACGUUUGUAGUUCUCCACCAUCUUGUGGAGCCUGUUAAUUUCACUGCAUCAUUCAGCCUCGCUCUAGCUCCAUUUGUGGCCGAUAUCGUUUAUGACGUCUCCGGUGAACUCAAUCUAGUCAAGGUAAAUAUGCUGGAGACGGACAUGAAGUUAGUUAUGGAUAUCAUGAAGCAGAACUUCGGAGAGGGAGCCCCGUCAGCUAAACCAGAUCUGGCCAAACCUUCCUCAAUGAAACCUACCAGUACAAUGGACUCUAGUGUGACAGUGAUUCAGCAUGACCUUGACACGCCCACUACUCCAGAGGUCAUGCCUGGGACACCCUACAAUGCUGUGGUUACCCUCCAGGGUCUUGUCCUUUGUCUUUAUGAGGAAACUAACGGGACUACAAGUAGUAUAGAGAAGAACUUCCUCAGCCGAUUUGAAGUAGGGAAGAUCAAGGCCAGAGCCAAUAGUCAUAAAGAGGGCGAGAACAAACUCGACUUCAAUCUUUCAUUUCACACGAUGUCAAUUGAUGAUAUGAGACCUAACAACACCCGGGCAGUGAGAAAUGUAUUUUACUGUACCAGAGAGGAAGUUGUCACGGACGAUGACCACAAGCCACUACCUAUGAUAUCUGUGAUAUACAAGACUGCACAUGAUGGAAGUCAGGAAGCGGACAUACGUAUGGAAAAAGUCACUCUAAACUUGAAUGUUCCAUUCCUGCUACGUUUGCAAGAAUUCUAUGCUGUUUCCAUGGGAACUACUUCAGACUUACCUCCUCCGCCUUUACCUGGUGACCUUGACACUGAUGGAAGUCAUGUUGAUUCCCCUGACCUACCCGCCCCCGUCACUCCUCUCAAGGUCUUCUGUACUAUUAAGGAGCCAGAGAUCGUUUUGUUUGCCGACCCUAGUCUCGAGGACAGUCGUAUAGUUGUCCUCAAGGCUGAUAUUGAAGUGGACAUGGUGAACAAUGAAAAAACACAGAAGCUUGUAUCCAAAGUAAAAGAUCUUAAGAUGUAUUCAGCCCAAUAUUCAACUCAACAUGCCGUCAGCAGCUGGGUGAUACAGCCUUGUGAUCUGACUUUUGAGAGGACGUACAACAUUUUAGAAAACCAUGUUGAUAUGUCGGCUCAUAUUACGGAGCUGAUAUUGUGUACGUCUCCAAGUGUCCUCCAUUUUGCCUUUGAUGUGUUGGCCUUGAUGGGAGGCAAAGAUUCUGAGACACCAGAAGACCAAGCCACCACAUCACAGACGGAGGAUUAUAGGAACCUUUGGGGUGUUAAGGCAACAUCUGCUGAGAAAUGGCUAAACAAGAUAGACAACAGUGGUAACAGUUCCAUGAACCCGUUGAUACCUCAGAUGUCUCCGUCAGAGAGCCUCCAUUUGGAAAUCGAACAGAUACAUGCAUACUUCCAAGUGCGUAACCUUGACCACCAGGUGAACCUUCUUCACAUAAGAUCAUCGUUGGACUGUAAACUCCAUGACUGGAACAAACAGUUCCACAUGAAUGCAGAAAUGAAGCUACAAGUGGACUAUUUUAAUGAGAAGCUCAGUGUGUGGGAACCGCUGGUGGAACCAGUGUCCGAGAAGGAAGGCAUCUACCGACCUUGGGAGGUGGUCAUCAAGGUGAUUAGAGGGCGGAGCUACCCUAUGACCUUUAACUACGUUCAGGAGGGAUUUAACAUGGAGGAGUGUCUCCGUAAUGACGUACAGCAGUUGCUUCACAACAGUCGUCGUCGUUCGAGCAGCUCCGAGUCAGAAACUGACGAGUCGACCGAAAUGACUGUUCUCAGACCAAAGUUGCCACGAAAGCGGUCCCGAAUUGCUAGUGACAAGAGUUAUGUUUCAUACCUUUACGAAACCUGUCUCAUGGAAGCAGAUGUAGACCUAUAA